AUGAGUUGUGUCCUCGCGGAGUCGGAUUGCAAGGAGCUAUUCGACUCUAUUCCGGAUCUUGUGGAAGUAUCUUUGCAGUGGUUUGGGACAUCAAUUGUGGACUACGUUGUGUACAAUAUAUUCUACCACCUGGAGAGCUCUGGGGUUUCUAAAUCAAAGGACCAAUCUGGACCGAACUGGGAAUUGCUUCCCCCCGAUCUGAAACACCAGGCUGCCCAUGGAGCCAUAACUGAAGUUGUCCUUCGAUGGACAUGCAUUCUGAGACGGAGUCUUCGGUUCAAAGGCUUAAUUGAAAGCUUUCAAGGAUACGAUGGAGCAUUAGACUACGUUGGAAUUCAGCGCCAGAUGGAACAUAUCAUGGGGCCACUUCAUUUGAAAAUUCAAGAUUUCUAUGGCUGCGCUCAUGAUGGGCAUCUUUGUCUACUGACACUUCACCGCAAGUCGUUUUGUUUUCGGGGGCCUGCGUUAUCUGUGGCAAUUUCUGCGGUCGCACAUCAUGGAACAGAAGAGGAGGUUCGAGAUCUACGAUCACAACUCAGACCAGGAGCCAAAAUGGAGCUCGUCGGAUUCGAUUCUCCCCUCGUGGUAGCUGUGGAAGGUCGGCGAGAGACUAUCUUGGAUAUCUUGUUGGCGGCGGGGGCCCGAGUGAAUCACGUUAACCCCUCAGCUCCCAGAGCAACCUACACUCCUCUUUCUAUCGCCGUGUUGCAAGGUGAGACACGAAUCAUUCACAAGCUACUCCAGCACGGCGCCGAUCCGAAUUUAAGGUUCGAAGGUGGCAGACAUAACCUAGGAACUGCUGCAGAGCUGGGAUUCGCGGAUAUCGUAGAGCUUCUGUUGCAAUUUGGCGCAGAUGUUCUCGCCACUAGACAUAAUAGAGGUCCUAAAAUGGCAUAUGACAUCGCACUAAGUGCAGGACAUAGGCAAGUCGCAGAGAUACUCAAGAUUCCAACUUUUGCAGCAAAGGAACGUCGAUUGAAAGAGAUGUCAGGAGAGAUGUCCCACGCUGGCAUUGGACAACAAACUGUUCCACCGAAAGUCCAGCACUGCAUAUAUUGUGGGCUUGAAAAACCAUGCGUGGUGCAAGGCGAGCAAGACCAACGAACAGAGUGGACUAGAACUUCCUAUAGCAUUAUUGCAUGCAACCCUCGGAUUGAGGUGGACAGGAAGUCCACAGACGAGGCAAACUCAUGGACAUGA